GCCAGUUUAAAUUGAUGAUAACUUUACAAAUUAAUAUUAUUAAUAAAUAUUAAAUAAAUAAUAACAGAAUUUAAAAAAGGCAAUAUAUAAAUAUUACAAAAAAUUUACAGAAGUAGAAUUAUCCAAUAAAAUACUUAAAUAAGCACACUGUAUAGCAAGUAUGAAGAAUACAUAAAUUUAAGAUAAUAUGAUGAAUUUUAAAUUUAUCAUAGUAGGUGAUUCAGGUGUUGGAAAGUCAUGCAUGUUAAUAAGAUAUUCUAAGAAUGAUUUUGUCACUGAUUAUAAUGCUACAAUAGGAGUUGAAUUCUAAUCAAAAAUUGUAAAAAUAAAUGACGCAAGCGUGAAACUUUAAAUCUGGGAUACUGCUGGACAAGAAUCAUUUAGAUCUAUUGUUAAAUCUUUUUACAAAAAAACAGUUGGAGUUCUUUUAGUAUAUAAUAUAGCAAAUAAAGAAUCAUUUUAAUCUAUAAAACAUUGGUUAACUGAAGCUAAAGAAAAUUCUGAAGAAUCAGCUAUAUUUGUGCUCGUUGGAGCAUAGUCAGAUAGAGAAAAAGAUCGUAAAAUUUCUAGGGAAGAAGCUGAAUAAUUUUAAAAAGCUAAUUAAAUAGAUUUAUUCUUUGAAGUAUCUUCAAAAAAUAAUAGUUUUAUUGAUGAAUGUUUCGAAAAGACAGCAUAUGCUGCAUUUAUGAAAUAAGUAAACCAAUAAUUAAAGAAAAGCUUUUAGGGUAGCUCUUUUAUUAGUAAUAAUGGUAAUAUUCGCUCACAUAAUUAAUCAGUUCCAAUAAAAGAAUAAAGUAGAAGAUCAAGCAAUAAGAGUGGAUGUUGUUGAUUAAUUUCAAAAGUUAUGAUAGUUAAAAUGCAAAAAAAAACACAAAUUUCAAGUAAUUCUUGAAAUUUGAGUUUAUUUGUUCAAUUAAUUAGUUAAAAAUAGUAAAAUGAAAAAAUACUUAGAAUAAAUAAAUAAAUAGAUACAAAAAAAUAUUUAUUUAUUAUUUAAAGAUCCUAAUCGCUAUAAAAUACUUAAUAUUUUAAUAAAUCUGUAUAUAAAAAUUAUUUAUAUUUGUCUUAAUAAUUUAUCAAAUUAUAAUUAACAAAUUUUAAAAUUGUAAUUAGCAAUA